AUAGAACGAUUUCACUACAACUAACAAAAUGAGCGUCGGUAAACGUGGAGCCCUUUUCGUUUUCGAAGGCUGCGACCGCUGCGGCAAGACGACACAGAGCAGACUCCUGGCUGAGUUUCUCAAGUCGAAGGGCAUUCCAACGCUGUCCAUGAACUUUCCGGAGCGGGAAUCCAGUACUGGCCAGGUGAUAAACUCGUACCUGACCAACAGCAACGAUCUGCCCGACGAGGUGAUACAUUUGAUGUUCUCGGCGAACCGCUGGGAGUACAUGAACAAAAUCCGCAAGGAGCUUUUGGCCGGCACAACGUUGAUUGUGGAUCGAUAUUCCUACUCUGGCGUGGCCUAUACCGCAGCCAAGGGAUUGGAUUUUGACUGGUGCUAUGCCCCGGAACGGGGACUCAUCAAGCCCGACGCAGUUUUUUACCUGAAAACAGCUUCAGAUAACCUUUUGAGUCGCGGUAAAUACGGAGAAGAGCGUUAUGAGAAACUAGAGUUCCAGCAAAAAGUGGCCGAGGUGUUCAAUCGAAUUUGCGAACAGGAGUCCAGCUACUGGCACCAAAUAGAUGCCAACCAGUCCGUGGCAGAGAUACACACACAGAUUUCUGGAAUUGCAGAGAAACUGCAGCAGCAGGUGGACGGGCAGCCGUUGAACAAGUUAGCAUAGCACAUAGCUCAGGGCUGUGCCCAGGGCAAUGCGUGGCAUACUCGGAUUAUACCUCUUCAACGAGGGGAUUUAUUGUACAUUGAUUUAUGCCUUGAAAACGGAUUUGAUAUAAAUGUAAAUAUCCGGAA